AUGAAGGAGGACGGAGAAACUCGCACCCGUUUCUGGGCGUCCCAAACCGAUGGUACGGGAGUUAUAGCGGACGAUCCCUGGCUGGAGCCCUUCCAGCACGAUUUGCGAUACCGUUACGCGCAGUAUCUUGCCAAAAAGAAAGCCAUUGAGGCAAACGAGGGCGGACUGGACAAGUUCACCCAGGGCUAUCGGCUUUUCGGGUUCAACCUCACGGAUGAUGGGAUAUGGUAUCGCGAAUGGGCCCCAAACGCAGCUGAAGUGUUCCUUACCGGAGAUUUCAAUGGGUGGAACCGACGCAGCCACCCAUUGAAACGAGAGGAGUUCGGUCGAUGGAGCAUAUUUUUGCCGAAUAAUGAGGAUGGGUCUCGUGCGAUUCCACACUACACGAAGCUCAAGGUGUUGAUCGUCACGCCGACUGGGAUGGAACUCAUGCGCAAUCCGGCAUGGAGCAAGUUUCUCAUCCAGAACCCUGACACCUAUCUCUACGACACGUUGUUUUGGAAUCCGCCACCUGAAUGGACGUACCACUGGCAGCACCCGACGCAUGUGAAACGUCAGGAUGCGCUGCGCAUCUACGAAUGCCAUGUGGGCAUGUCAUCAAAUGAGCCGCGAAUAGGUACCUACGCGGAAUUCCGGGAUGUGGUGCUGCCGCGUGUCAAAAAGCUAGGCUAUACUGCGAUUCAGAUUAUGGCUAUCAUGGAGCACGCUUACUAUGCUUCGUUCGGAUACCACGUAACGAACUUUUUUGCCUGUAGCUCCCGGUGCGGGACACCCGAGGACCUCAAGUCGCUUAUUGAUACAGCGCAUGCGAUGGGCCUGCAGGUGCUCAUGGAUGUGGUGCAUUCCCAUGCAUCAUCGAACAUUUUGGACGGUAUCAACCAUUUCGACGGAACAGACAAUUUGUAUUUCCACGCUGGCGAGCGGGGAUAUCACCGCUUGUGGGAUUCACGCUGUUUCGACUAUGGAAGCUGGGAGGUGCUUCGCUUUUUGCUCUCCAAUUUGCGCUGGUGGAUGGAUGAAUACCAUUUUGACGGAUUCCGCUUCGAUGGGGUAACCUCUAUGCUGUACACGCAUCACGGGAUAGGCAUGAGCUUCUCCGGUGAUUACCGGGAGUAUUUCGGCCUUCACAUCGAUAUGGAUGCAUGCGUUUACCUCAUGCUAGCCAACGAUUUUCUGCAUACGUUCUACCCCGAUGUCGCGCUCACUAUUGCCGAGGAUGUAAGCGGUAUGCCAACGCUCUGCCGACCGGUCUCCGAAGGCGGUAUAGGCUUCGACUAUAGGCUGGCCAUGGCGAUACCAGACAAGUGGAUCGAACUGCUCAAAAAGAGCGAUGAGGAAUGGGAUAUGGGAAAUAUCGCCUUCACGUUGAUGAAUCGCCGAUACAAGGAGAAAUCCGUGGCAUACUGCGAGUCGCAUGACCAAGCGCUGGUUGGCGACAAAACCAUUGCAUUCUGGCUUAUGGACAAGGAAAUGUACGAUCAUAUGGCGCGUGAUUCGGCGCCGAGCCUGCUCAUUGACCGGGGCAUUGCGCUGCACAAAAUGAUUCGCCUGAUCACAUACGGCCUUGGCGGCGAGGCGUACCUCAAUUUUAUGGGUAACGAGUUCGGACAUCCGGAGUGGAUUGAUUUUCCUCGAGAGGGUAACAACUUUUCGUACCACCAUGCGCGCCGCCGAUGGGAUCUAGCGGAUAACCCUUCUCUCAAGUACAAUUUCCUGCAGCAGUUCGACAUCAACAUGCACGAUAUCGACACCAAGUAUCCGUUUUGCCGCCCGGAUAAUCACCAGUGGCUUGUGCUUGCCCAUCGCGAUGAUCACGUCAUUGCAUUCGAGCGCGGUGAUCGACUGCUCUUCGUUUUCAAUUUCCAUCCCACUCGAUCGUACAACGAUUACCGAAUUGGUGUCUGGUGGCCGGGCAAGUAUCACAUUGUGCUCGAUACGGACAGUUGGGAUACAGGAGGUCAGGGUCGCGUCCACUGGGAUAUCAUUUACGAAACCAAGGCGGAAUCUUGGCACGGACGGCCGCACUACCUGCAAUUGUACUUGCCAUGUCGGACCGCGCAAGUCUAUCGCUGUUUCGAAAUGGCCGGUACCGAGCUGGUCGACAACGAAGCGCGCGCCGGCACACGACACGAAGGGUUGCAGCCUCCCGCGGAGCGACCCGCCGUCGACGGCGACGCUGCAGCCUCGAGCGAUGCUGCUGGACGCGGGCCAGCGACAGCGGCAGCGGCUGGCGAGCAACCACCCCAAGUGACGCCCGAGGUCGCGGCACAAUCCGAGACCCCGUCGCAGUCGGCGGCGAUCGCGACGCUACCGCGAGGCGGCGACGCCGAUGCCGCUGACGUUGCUCAGAGUAGCACCAUCGCCCCGAAUGCAUCAUCUGCUCAACAUUCGGAGCGUGCGACACCGGCGCAGGAGAGCAUGCAAGCGGCGGAUGAUUCCUCGCGUCCGUCGCCGGCAGCCGAAACGGCAACCGCUGCGCCCCAAAGCGCCGCUGACCCAUCAACGGAUCGCCGUUCGGGUAGCACAGAUCGCCGCGAACAUGCCGAGCGGAAGCGCCGAGGCCUCUUCGGGCGCUGGGGAUAG